GGUUCUGCCACAGAAGAAGUCAUGAAGUUAAUCCGUCACACUAACCACCGACGGUGAAUCUGCCCGCAUCACUUCUUCUCUGCUACCGAGACCUGCGCAUUUAUAUCUGCCUUAGGCGCCAAGAUGAGUUUCCUCGAUUCCGUUCUUUCAUCUAUCGAGACGGGCAAACCGUCUCCCCUACCGCCAGUCUCUACCACACAAUCAGCGCCCGUCUCCUCGUCAACUGCCAAGUCAGAGGCUCGCAGGCCCAUCACGACCCCUCGCGAUGCCGCCGAGCGGACAAGUAAUGCUGCAGGUACGAAACGCAAGGCCGAGGAGCUGCUGCAACGUCCUCAGAAGCCUCUUACCCAGGUAUCUAGCAAACCACCACCUUCUAGACCAAUGGCUGCGGCUGUAACUCCUAAGCCCCGUUCUACCACUACAUCAGCUGCGAGGCCCGCCGUAAAGAGCAGUAUAUCAACGUCAUCGGCAUCACAAAAAGCAGCUCCGGUGUCUUCAAAGCCUCCCCCGAAGGGAUCGUUUGCGGAGAUAAUGGCAAAAGCAAAGGAACUGCAGCAGAAAGCCCCAACGCAAGCGGGCAUGUUCAAGCAUCAGGCUGUACCUAAAGAGAAGCUUAGCAAGAUGGAACGCAAGAAACGAGCCAUGGAAGCACAAGCGAAGGAAAAAGAUGCACGAUCGGCAAGAAAACUCGGCACUACGUCUGGUCCAGCAGCAGGUAGCAAAGCCAGUGAUGGAAAGCCUGCUAGGAAGCGGGAGCCUGAAGCGCUGUCGUACAAGGGUACUGCAAGGCCAACACCAUCUGCGGCACCGGAAUACAGAGGUACGGCUGGCUUACCUGCUCGAAGCAAUCCAAGCGACCGGAAAGCACAGUCUCGAGCGAGCAAACGAUCUAGGAUGGACGAAUAUCUUGGAACAGACGAAGAAGACGAGGGAGAUUACACAGAGGACUACGACGACUACUACUCCGAUGCAUCAUCGGAUAUGGAAGGCGGAUUUAAUGAUGUGGAGGAGGAAGAAGCAGCCGCAUUGGCAGUUGCAAGGAAAGAAGAUGAAGAAGAAUGGCGCGCGGAACUUGCAGCCAAGCAAGCGAAGCUGGAGCGCCAGAGGAAGCUCUCUACAUUGGCAUCCCGACGACGCUGA